GGCCUUGCGCUUUCACUGCGCCCGCCCGUUCGUCACGCAGAGCCCCAACGCUGGUGAGCAUGGCGACGCGCUGUUCUUGGUCGCGGCCCCUCAGCCUUACCUGCGGCUGCCUCCUGCUCCUGGUGCUCGGCGGCCCCGGGGUUUUCCAGUCACAUGCAGUGGAAGUAGAGGUGAAAGAUUCCUCCAAUACUACAUGCAUAUAUGCAAAAUGGAUGAUGAGCUUCUUGAUAAAAUAUGAAACAAACAGUAGUGAAUAUAAAAAUGUAACUCUAGAACCAUCUACCAAUGUAACGCAUAAGGGAAGCACCUGUGGCAAUAAGACACAUGACCCACUACUAGCAAUACAAUUUGGAGCAGGUCAUUCUUGGAGUUUAAACUUUACUAAGACAAAUGAAACUUAUCGAGGGAACAUCAUCACAUUUACCUACAAUACCAGUGAUGUAGCCUUUAAAGAUGCUAAAAAAAAAGAAGUGAUUACUAUUGUUGCAAAUGACACUCUGCAUCCAGUCCGACUGAAUACUGUCUACAGAUGUCAUCACCUGGACUCUGUUGAGGUUGCAAAUGUGUCUCAGUUCUUCUGGAAUGUCACUCUGCAGGCUUUUGUUCAAAAUGGCACUGUUAGUAAAAAUGAUUCUAUAUGUGAUGCUGAUAAACCUACUGUUUCAACUACUGUUAUGCCCACUAUUGCCAACUUCACUUCUUUACCUAGCACUACUGCUUCAUCACCUUCCCCAACUACAACUUCUAAGCCAGCGGAGAAACCAUUCAUUGGAAACUAUUCUCUUAAAAAUGGUGGUAAAACCUGUCUUCUGGCUACAAUUGGGCUGCAGCUGAAUGCCUCCCAAGAGAAGCCUGCUUUGAUUAACAUCAACCCAAAGACAACUGCUGCCACUGGUAGCUGUGGCAACACAUCUGCUACUCUGCAAUUGAACGACAGCAACAGAAGGUUUAUUGAUUUCACCUUUGCUUUAAAAAACACAAGUGGAAACGUACCAAAAUUCUACCUGAGGGAAGUGAACGUCACCCUGAUCAGCUUUGUAAAUGGCUCUGAACCUUUAAAUGCUGGAAACAACAACCUCAGCCUCUGGGACACCUUCCUUGGCAGUUCAUACAUGUGCCAAAAAGAGCAGUCUGUUGUGGUGACUGAAGACCUUCAAAUACAUACUUUUGAUCUAAGGAUUCAGCCAUUCAGAGUGGAAGACGACAGAUAUUCUAAAGCCCAGGAGUGUCCGCUGGAUGAUGACACCAUUCUAAUACCAAUUAUAGUUGGCGCUGCUCUUGCGGGCUUGAUUAUCAUUAUAGUGAUUGCUUACAUAAUUGGCAGAAGAAAAACCUAUGCUGGAUAUCAAACCUUGUAAAUCUGAAUGUGAUUACUGUUCCAGUCUCACUUUAAAUGAAGCAAGUGCGAGUUCCCAAAUGCAAACAAACUUCAAGUAAACAUUUGCAUCAUCUAUUUAGGGCUGGAGACUGUGGGUGCUUUCUCUUUUUGAUUAUUUUGUCAGAUAAACACUGGGGAUCUAACUCUGCUUCCUGAACAAAGAAACAGUUUUAUAACUACUAGAAGUGGCAUACAAGUCUUAUUUGACAAAUUAUUAGGUUCAAGUUAUUACCUUGCAAGUAACUUGAGAAUCAUGUAUGUAUUACGAAUACUAAGUGACGCAGGGAACAGCCUAAAUUGGAGCACUAAAAUGAUGCACUGGACAACUUGUAAAAUUGCAUUAAACUUGUCUCACCUGCAUUCCUCAGUUACUGUCACAAUUUGCAGGAUAACCUGGGUGCCUUUAAUGAUGUAUUAAACCUGGAAUGCUUGCCAGGGUCUUCAAAGUGCCUAGUACAUCUUUGGCUCAUAGCACUAAAUGCCAUGCUAAUGGCUUUUCAAGCAAGCUUACAUUGAAGUGACAGGAGUAACCCAUUUAAUUCCAAUGAGCUGCAGUAGCCUCUCAUUUUGGUAGCUUCAUUCCUGUAGUUUACAUAUGAAAAUUAAGGGGGUAACUUAAAUUUAACUUGGCUUACCUUGUAGUUAAAGCCCAGUUUCAAAAUGCUUCAGAAAAUUGCAGUGCACAAGUGAACAGGAACCAAUUUACUGUUUUAACCUGGUAUCCUCUAAGAUAUCAAAACUCAGACAAAUCUACCGUGGUACAGUAUUCUUGCUGGCACCAGUCUUUAAAAGGGAAUAAAUAAUAAGUAUUUCUAGGACUUAAAGGGCACUUAAUUCAAGCAUACCUUGCUCAAAGUCUGUCUUGUCACUUCCUUUGUCUGUUAAAGAAGCUCUCAGUUUAAUGGUCUAAAAUCAAUUCUCACAACUUCACCUGUUUUAAAUAUCCAUAUUAAGUAUCCAUAUUAAAUGGUUCUUUGCUAACAAUUUGCAUUGUAACUGUCACACGAUGGCAUCUAAUUGCUGACUCAUGAACUUUGUACUUAAUUGUGUGCUGUGCAGAAAUGUGAAAAUUGUGCAUUUGUGUGUAGGAGUUACUAAUGCGGUGAAGAAUGCAAAAGUAUGACUCAGUGCAACUUUCUCUUUAUUUGCAGUAGGUCCUCCACUUAAAACACAAACCUGUAAUGCCAUUGGACUGUUCCUUAAACUGCAGCUCUCCAGGGACUAGCCCUCACUAUCUAAGAGCUUAUUUUCAAAUCUCCUAAUUAGUGGUGUAAUUCAUAGUGCAUCAUAUAAAAAGGUGGCCUUUCCAAAAAGGAAUAAGUUUUGUGUGAUAAACUUGGAUUGGUCAUAUUAAUGAACAUAGGGCAGGCUGAGUUUCAUGGGGAAAUCUAGUUACAAAUUUCUUAAAAUUGGCUUGGAAUUGUCAUGGUGGUAGAUGCUUGUUAAAGUUAUACAGAGCUAUAUGACUUUUGUGCUCUUAAAAAUCUAAUACUAAUUGGGUCUCAGUAACAACAUGAGAUUUAAUAGCAGCUAUUAUAUAUUUAAGACAGUUCUUCUAAAAUUGAAGGAACAAUUAGAUAAUGCUUAUUCCCAGCAGAACUCAGGCUUAAGUCUAUCAACCUUAACAAAACUAGACAUGUAAAUGGGAGGAACUAUUUUCAAACUUAAUUCUUAUUUUGCAAAUUUCUCCAAAAACAUAAAUUAUAUUAAAAUAUUUAAUUGUAACACUUAGUCUUCAUAGAAUGCCAGAAAUUGUUGUUUACAUGUGCCAGUUAAGUGCUGAUUAAAAAUAUACCUAUUACAGCUAUUUUUGUCCAUCUAAUAUUUUAUAUUUCCCAUGUUUCCAUAUGCAAGCUCUAUUUCUGAAUUUCAGACUAAACUUUCACCUUCUCUUGAAGGUGUAAAAAUAUUAACUUAAGAAAAAACACUGGAUUUAUUCAAGGAAUUAGCUCUCCAAAUACUAGAUUCAAUGUGCAGGUAACUAGCUCAUGUAAACAUCAAGUUUCAUACAUGUGUUUAAACCACUAGUUUUCUGUAUUGUAUUUCUCCGUGGGGACUUGCUUGUCGGCUUAAUCUACAUAUUCCUUUAAACAAUAAAGAUUCUUCUAUUUCUUAAGGAAUCUUGGUAACUUUUUUAAUUAAAGCAAUGAUUUCUUUGAAUUGUAGUAAUCACAAAAAAGACUUCCUCUUGACUAAAAAUGAUUGAGUUCUUAUAUUAGAUCAGUCUCCAACCUAAUUGCUGGAAUUGUAGGACAACUUUUCUUAAUCUUCUCUUGUCCUGUUCUCUCCAUCUUUCUGAAGUGCAUUAGCAGGGAUUGUCUGCUUAUAGAGUAGUCUCUUUUCUAAAAACACUAGUAUAAAUAUUAAAUUACUUUCUUUAGAAUAUUGACUGUCCCACUUGUAGUGAAUUGUAAUACCUCUCUAUUCAAGUGGACUUACAAAAUAUAAUUAAUUUCAGUAGUCAAACUUAAACAGACUAGGUUAUAGCCAAGAUUAAUAGGUCAGUCUCUUUACAAUGCUUCUCCUAUCAAGCCAAAAUUUACCUAGGGAUAACUUCAUUCACUAUAAGUAGAGAACUAUAUGGACUUCUUUCUUGCUGGAAUUGGUGCAUGCUUUGUAAAGGCUCUUCCUGUACACUAAGAUCUAAGUACUGUCCUUGAAGGGGAUAAGCUUUCCCAGAAUACUGCAGGAAGAAUGUUACCUAGAGCUGAUUCUGCUAGUUCAACUGCCAGCAAGAUGUAGGUGUUAUUUACAAAGCUCAGAAAAGGUGCCUAGCAAUUGCCUCAGUUAUACUCCAAGUGGUUGCAUGCAACUUUCAUGUUGCAUAAAUCUGUCUUGCAGAAAUCCAAAGAGCAGGCAUAAAACUCGUUCUGAAUAAGGGAAACUUCUCCUAACAUUUCUAUAGUUAAUUCAAAUGCAGUACUUGAUGUAAGUGCUUUCUUUAUUGCUUUUAAGUUAGAAUUGAUCACUUGUUGCAAAACUCCAUAAGAGCUUUUUUGACUGACAGCUAUGUCAUGGGAAAAUGUUGGAUAGGUAGGUCUACUCUACCCUGGAGAACUACUCUUAUCGUUUCAUUACAGAUUCGGUGCAUUAGCUGAAACGUCACACCAUGCACUAAUAAUUAUGCUGUAACAUAUGUUUCUUGAUUCAAGAGUGAAUACUAAAAUCUUCACUUGCCCGCCUCUGUUACUAGUCUGACUUGACAGUGGGGUUAUAUGUUUGGUAUACAGAAUCGAAUUGGCAAUAGUCUGAUUAGGGAGGGGGGAUGAGUAAAAUCAAAGAUCCUUUUCUUUUGACUCCUGGCUGUUGGCCUAGGGUCAAUUAGUAAGAUAAUCUCACUUUCAUAUCCUCCAGGCAUCAUUAGUCACAGCCUGUGGUGUGAUUAAAGUCAAAAGCAGUUUAAAUUUAAUCUAAGAUCAGUGAACCUUCACACUUUAAAAAAAAAAAAAAGUUCCUAGAAAGUUAGGCAAAGUCUAAACUUCAAUGGUGAUUAAGCACCUAAUUCCCUUAAGCUUCUCUGAAAUAUCUUCCAGGAUGAGACCAGAUGGUAAAAUUGCAAAUUACUAGAUUUGCAUCUUGUAAUGAACUUGCUCAUCUUGCAGUGCAAAAACUUGGAUGACUGUUCCAAAGCAUUUUACUCUUGAUUAAAAAUUUAAAUAGCUUUAAUAAAGAGAAGCAGGCUGUUCACAUCUUCAACUGCACUACACUCAGAUGCAAAGCUAACAGUUUUCAGCAUCACUGCCUUAUUUCCAUUUAACUAUGGAAAAUCUGCCCAAAUAAGGCCUGCAGGUUCUGCGGAGUGGGGGGAAGACAAGUGGUAAGCUCCAAGAAGGGAUUUGGAAUAUUACAUUUGUUAAUCUCAUCAUACACACACAAUGGAUUCUAUGGGAUUUCCUAUUUAAAGUCUUUGAAAUGGGGAGGGGUAGCAUUGAAAACUAUAAACAGGGUCUGGCUGAAGGAGAGCUCUAAUACUAGAUGGAAAGCUAUGUGAACAGUUAUGGAGAGGUUGCAAUGUUCAUUAUUUCUAUUCAUCUGGCUUUCUUUUCAAACUUCCCUUUUUCCAUCUAGCUGAAGACUGCAGCCCAGAUGUGGACAACUUCAUUGUGCCCAUAGUAGUGGGAGCAGCUUUGGGUGGAUUAGUUGCUCUAGUACUUAUGGCUUAUUUUGUAGGCCACAAGAAACGCCGUAAUGCUGGGUAUCAGCAGUUUUAAAUACGGGAAAGCUUUUUUUAUAGGGGAAAACAACUCUCCUUACAUCUGAAUAAUUUGACAAAACCAUUUAUUGAAAGUGACUCUUGUUUAAGAAACAGAUUUUUAAUUAGUACUGUGUGAAUCUGACAACUCCUCUUGAGUGACUUAUUCUGGUCAGUCAUACUAAAGUUUUUCAUCUUCUGGAUAUGGAAACAGUGCUGCCAAAAAUACCACAUCAGUAAUUCUAUGAUCUUAUGUACAGUGUGAUUAUAUAUGAAUGAAGUUUUGUUCCUAAUUGCUGUGAAUGGCAUCAGUACUAAACUAGCUGUGGAUGUCAUCAAGUAUUAACAUACUAUCAUACAUUGCAACAUCCAAUACUAAUAAAGGUUAGUGCCUUAUAUGCAGUUUGUCAAAUACAGCUGUUGUGUGGCUGUCUCUAAUAGAAUGGUUAAAACUGACUUUUGCAACUUAAAGAUGCUCUGUAUAUGCAGUUCUCUGGAUACAGCUUUGAGUAUGCAAGCUUAACUGCACUUUGGUUCAUUUGCUUUGUACAGCUGGUCUACAGAUCAAAAAUACUGUUAAGGAUAUUAUAGUCUUUUGAGCUACUAAUUAAUGGCAUUCAUGACUCUCUCUCCAAUGUCAAAGCUGAUAUUCAAGAGAAGGGAAGAUGGGUUGGGCAGGAACUUAACUCCACAGUCUUUGUGAAUUCACAUGGCCAGUCUGCAUAGCUUCCAAAUGCCUCAGAGAAUGUACCCCUUCUGUCUUGAACAACAGACUUGCAGUGAUUAUGGGUUCAUCUACAUAAUGCUGCAUUUAGCUUGUGUGAACACUGCUUGUUGGCACUUUUGCUAAUAAAGUUCCAUCCUCUAGGGGAGAGUUUUGGUCUGUUGGCAGGAGAGCAUGCCUGCUGAGAACAACAUUCACGUGUGCAUUUGCCAUAGCAAAACUUUGUUCAUGGGUCCUUAAACCAUGAACAACAAAUUUUGUCCAAGUGUAGACACAGCCCUAGUAGUAGAAUCAAUGUACAAUUAGCCGUAUUUCAAUUUGCAAACUUGGUAGCCACACCAAGCUUUGAAAGGUUAGGUUCCAAACCAUUUAUUUGAUCUGAGAAAACUAACCUGAUCUCCCUGCCUUGCUAAUGUAAACUUAAUCUAUUGGUGGCUACUUGGCACCUUUCAGUAUUAAAUCAGCUUGUGUUCAUAUUAAUGACUUAGUACCGAUGUGCUACUUAGUGUUCACGUAAUCUUACCUUCCCAAAAUUCAGAGUAGCAGGUGGCCAAGAUGAAAUUGUAAAUACUAUAUAGCAACCUGAAAGAGUUGUGAUCACUUGUAAAAAUAGCUCGUACCAUAAAUUGUCCCCUUCACAAUGCUGUACUGCACAGCAGCGGCCUCUGAAUUGGAAUGAACACAGAGGCUAGACUUUUACGUAUUUUGGUUGGAUAGUAGGGAGGAAAAUGUAGUUUGUAUCCAUUUAUUCUCUGAAAGCUGGGUUUAUAAGUGGCAGUUUGUUAGCAAGUGUCUAUCUGAGAUAAAUUUGUCUCAGUAUCUCUUCUAAACCUGUGGCUUUCAGUCUGUUUGGCAUGUGGGCUAUACGUGCAGUCUGUGUUGUGGCCUACAUCCACACAGGGCAACACUGAGGGUGUAGCUGUGCGCUGAUUGGUCUGCAAAUGGCCCACAGGCCAUGGUUGUAAGUUAGAUUCAACUUAUGGGGGAGUACUUAAGUAGUAGCUGCUACCUUUUUAGAGUGCUACAUCUGUCCAAGAUGCAUCUUCUGUUCAAACGUAAAAGUAAACAAACCCUAUUCUUCAGCAGCAGUCUCCCAAGCUUUUACAACUGGUUUCAAAAUCAUACCACCUGAAUUGGGGUGAACUAGAUUGCAUGUCUAUAAAAGUUAUUUUAACUCCUGCCUCUUGGUAGUGGUCAUCCAGCAAAGACCAAUAGCUUGGGGGAUUGGAUGCUCACUUUGCUUUAAAAAGAACAGCAGUGUUAAAUGACGUCCUUGCAAUUGGCUAGUGAGGGUAAGUUUCUCCCUAAUUUACCAAUAGGGAAAGUGAGCUAGGACUGUUGUAUAACUUGCCAAGGGAUUAGAGUUGGCAUUGGAGCUAGGUCUGAAUCCUAUGCUCAGAAGCCCAUACUGACUCUGAAUUUAUCAUUUAUAACAGAAGAAUUAAUGUGUACUCCAAAAACUGUGCAAAACCACUGUGGCAUUACAACAAAUGUUUUUAUGAUGCUGUUGAUUUCAAUGAGUUACUUAAUUCUUCAAGUGAUUAUCUCCAUGAUCUUUGUACUGAAUGGAUGGAAAAAAAAUAAAGCUAUAUGCGCCUGUGGUGUGUGUUCAGUA